AUGGGUGACAGAGCUCACUCCCCCACAAAAGACAGCUUCGCCCGCAUCAAAGCCCAGCAGGCCCAGCUCCGAAAGACGGCAGCCUCAGUGAACAGCAUGGACUCCUCUUCAUCUACUUCGUUGCCAAUGGCGACCCGUAAAUGGAUUGCGUUUGGUUCCUCGAUCGUGAACUGCUUGUGCGCCGGUAGCAUAUUGCUGUUUUCCCUGUGGGCCCCAAUAUUCCAGCAUCGUCUCGGAUACUCGCAGACUCAGGUCAACUUCAUCUCCAUGGCGGGCGAGCUCGGCAUGUACCUCCCAGUCCCGCUGUUUGGUUACAUCUGUGACAAGAUGGGCCCGGGAAGACUGAGCGUCUUAUCGUCCGCACUGUUCGGGCCGGCUUAUCUACUGGCCGCAUACGCGUUUCUGCACAAGCUGCCGUAUCAAUGCAUGGUGCUUGCCUUUGUCUUUAUCGGCUCUGGCACCAGCAGCAUGUACUUUGCCGGCGUCACCACCUGCGCAAAGAACUUUACCGGAAACAGGGGUGUCGCGCUCUCGCUACCCAUUGCGGCCUUUGGGCUGAGCAGCCUGUGGCUGUCGCAGCUUGUGAGCCGUGUUUUCGUCGAGAAGCUCUCGGGGGAGCUGGCGAUUGGAAAUGCGUUCCUGUUCUUCUCGGUGUUUUUGGUGGUGGUCGGGCUGGUGGGCGGGAUGGGCCUGGUUGUGGUUGACGAGAAGGUAGCGGCGGAGAGGGAGGGGCUGUUGGAGGCGGGUGAGGGCGGCGGGUAUGGCGCGGUGGACACUGUCGAUGGCAUUGCGGAGUUCCCGGAGCCGGAGGAGAAGUCCAUCAUUAACCGUGCGACCAAGGAGUUCCUGAGGGAUAAGACCAUGUGGUGGUUUGCUGCCGGGUUCUUUUUGGCGACUGGUCCUGGAGAGGCUUUCAUCAAUAACAUGGGUUCCCUUAUACAAACUCUGUACCCGCCGCAGACAGCCAUGGGACGACUCAACCCCGUGGAUCCCGCAAACCACGUUUCCAUCUACGCCCUGUGCUCCACGAGCGCACGAAUCGUUGCCGGCCUCCUCAGCGACUACCUCGCACCCACCCUCUCUAACGCCCCAUCCUCCUCCAACCGCAAAUUCACCUGCUCGCGCCUGAACCUCCUCUUCUUCUUCGCACUCCUCAUGUGCGCCGGCCAGCUCUUCGUCGCACUUGGCUUCGUCCAAGAGCACGGCGAGCGCUUCUGGGUCGUCUCCUCGCUCAUCGGCGCCGGCUACGGCGCCGUCUUCUGUCUCGCGCCCACCGUGGUGAGCGUCGUCUGGGGCACCGAGAACUUUGGCACAAACUGGGGCAUUGUCACCAUGGCGCCGGCGUUUGCCGCGUCGCUGUUUGGCAUGAUCUUUGCGCGCGGAUAUGACAGCCAUGCGGGCAGGAACGGCGUGUGCUGGGGGAGAGAGUGCUACGAGACGAGCUUCUUUGUGAUGGCGGGGAGUGUGGCGUUGGCGCUGGUGGGGUGGGGGUGGGCGUGGAGGGGGGUUGGCGGAUGGAAGGGGAGGGGAGUGGUGGUUUAG